CGGGGAGGAAGCGCUUCCUUCAACUUUGCUACUCAAACGUUUCGUUUCAUCAUUAAUCUAUGGCGGAGAAGCUGGAGCCGGCGAAGGUUUUGUACUGUGGAGUUUGCUCACUUCCAGCUGAAUACUGUGAGUUCGGUCCAGAUUUCGGGAGAUGUAAGCCUUGGCUCAUUGACAACGCCCCAGAUCUCUACCCUGACCUCCUCAAAGAAGCUAAUGAGAAGGCAACAGAUAAUGUUUCUGACAAACUCCAGUCGGUGGGAAUCUCUUCAGGUGGAGCUGAUGCUGCAACGUCUUCAUCUCAGACUGGUACAUCCAAGAAGGAGGAAGUGAAACGCCUUCCUGGGGGAAAACUAAAAAAGAAAGAGAGGCAAGAAGUUAUUAUUGAAAAGGUUGUCCGGAACAAGCGCAAGUGUAUCACCAUUGUGAAAGGACUAGAACAGUUUGGGAUAAAACUCAGUGACGCGUCUAAAAAGCUUGGGAAGAAGUUUGCUACUGGAGCAUCAGUUGUCAAGGGACCAACUGAAAAGGAGCAGAUAGAUGUUCAAGGAGAUAUAAUCUAUGAUAUCGUUGAAUUCAUUACAGACACUUGGCCCGAUGUACCUGAAAGAUCCAUUUUCUUUAUCGAAGAUGGGAAGAAGGUCCAGGCAGGUUGAUGAUGGAUCACCUUUUGUUCCGUUUUUUUAUUUGUUUAGCAUGGCAGGUUCAUGUAGACGUGCUAGUUUACAAAUCUUCCCAUGUGUUUGUAGGAGAUCACAUCAAAACAUAACGUAUAGUUGGAUUAUGGUACUAUUUUCUUCUAACAUCUCUGUUUCUG